GUGAACCGUGACAACUGGAGAAGGCGCAACCACAACCUGUUGAUUAUUUUAAAAGGGAAAAAUCUAAUCUUCAGAUCAUUUAUGCAACUAAAGGGUGGAAAAUGAGAGCCGUACAAGUAUGGCAAGAUAAAGUCCGUGAACGAGUGUAUGACCUUGCCUUCAAGCCUGAUGGGAGCCAGCUCAUAAUAGCUGCAGGGCUUCGUGUGCUGGUGUAUGAUGCUGCAGAGGGAACUCUUAUCCAGCCCUUAAAAGGACACAAAGACACAGUGUACUGUGUAGCCUAUGCCAAGGAUGGUAAAAGAUUUGCCUCAGGAUCAGCUGAUAAAAGUAUUAUCAUCUGGACAUCUAAACUAGAGGGUAUCUUGAAAUAUACACACAAUGACUCUAUCCAGUGUGUUGCCUACAACCCAGUCACUCACCAGCUUGCCUCCUGCUCCUCUAGUGACUUUGGUCUGUGGUCCCCAGAGCAAAAAUCUGUGAACAAACAUAAAGUCAGCAGCAAAAUAACUUGUUGUGGGUGGACAAACGAUGGGCAGUACCUCGCUCUGGGAAUGAUGAAUGGUGUGGUGAGCAUAUGCAACAAGAACGGAGAUGAAAAGGUCAAGAUAGAGCGUCCAGGGGGCUCCUCCUCUCCUAUCUGGUCCAUAGCAUGGAAUCCUUCAAAGGAUGAGCACAAUGACACUUUGGCUGUGGCAGACUGGGGUCAAAAGCUCUCCUUCUACCAGCUCAGUGGAAAGCAGAUUGGAAAAGACCGAACUCUAAACUAUGACCCCUGCUGCGUAAGCUACUUCUCCAAGGGCGAGUACAUAGUGAUGGGUGGAUCCGAUAAACAGGUGUUGGGCUGCCAGGAUGGGACCAUUGCCUGCUACCAACUCAUCUUCAGCACAGUUCACGGCCUGUACAAAGAUCGCUAUGCUUAUAGAGACAGCAUGACCGACGUCAUUGUCCAGCACCUCAUUAGCGAAAAAAAAGUGAGGAUCAAAUGUCGAGAAUUGGUGAAGAAGAUUGCCAUCUACAGAAACCGUCUUGCCAUUCAGCUACCUGAGAAGAUCCUCAUCUAUGAGCUCUAUUCGGAUGACUCCUCCGACAUGUACUAUUGCAUCAAGGAGAAGAUUUGCAGGAGGUUUGAAUGCAACCUGCUGGUGGUCUGCUCCCAACAUAUCAUUCUGUGCCAGGAGAAGAGACUCCAGUGUCUGUCCUUCACCAGUGUCCGUGAAAAAGAAUGGGUCAUGGAAUCCCUCAUUCGUUACAUCAAGGUCAUUGGCGGUCCACCAGGCAGAGAGGGCCUACUUGUGGGGUUAAAGAAUGGAGCGAUCCUGAAGAUAUUUGUUGACAAUCCAUUUCCCAUCACGCUGCUGAAGCUGUCGACAUCGGUGCGCUGCCUCGACAUGAGCGCCUCCCGCAACAAACUGGCUGUGGUGGAUGAGCACAACACUCUGCUAGUAUACGAAAUCAACAGUAAAGAACUGCUGUUUCAGGAGCCAAACGCCAACAGCGUUGCCUGGAACACCCAGUGUGAGGACAUGCUGUGCUUCUCGGGGAAUGGCUACCUUAACAUCAAGGCUAGCAAUUUUCCUGUACACCAACAGAAGAUGCAAGGCUUUAUGGUUGGCUACAACGGUUCUAAGAUCUUCUGCCUUCAUGUAUAUUCCAUGUCUGCUGUGGAGGUGCCUCAGUCCGCACCCAUGUACCAGUACCUGGAGAGGAAAAUGUUUAAGGAGGCCUACCAGAUUGCCUGUCUAGGUGUGACAGACAGUGACUGGAGGGAUUUGGCAACCGAGGCUCUGGAGGGACUUGACUUUGAAACUGCCAAGAAGGCCUUCAUUCGAAUCAGAGACCUGCGCUACCUGGAGCUGAUCAAUAGCAUAGAGGAGAGGAAGAAGCGGGGCGAGAGCGACAAUGAGCUGUUCCUGGCAGAUGUCUGUGCCUUCCAGGGGAAAUUCCACGAGGCAGCCAAGCUCUACAAACGAAAUGGCCACGAAUCCAGAGCCCUGAGCAUGUACACUGACCUGCGGAUGUUUGAGUAUGCCAAGGAGUUUGUUGGGGCCACAGACCCCAAGAGCACUCGAAUGCUAAUGACCAAGCAGGCAGAUUGGGCCAAAAGCAGCAAGGAGCCGCGGGCAGCAGCAGAGAUGUACCUGUCAGCAGGGGAGCAUCUGAAAGCCAUAGAUAUUAUUGGAGAGCACGGCUGGGCAGACAUGCUCAUUGACAUUGCCCGUAAGUUGGACAAGGCUGAGCGUGAACCACUGGCAAAAUGUGCUCUCCACUUCAAGAAGCUGAAACAUCACGGCUACGCCUCUGAGACUUAUUCAAAGAUGGGAGACCUGAAGGCUCUGCUGGACCUACAUGUGGAGACCAGACAUUGGGAAGAGGCCUUUUCACUGGUGGAGAAGCACCCUCAGUUCAAAUACGAUGUCUUUGUGCCGUAUGCCCAGUGGUUGGCUGAAAACGAUCGCUUUGAGGAGGCGCAAAAAGCUGGGCGUCAGAGUGAAGCUGUGAAGGUCCUGGAGCAGCUUACCCACAAUGCCGUGGUGGAGAACCGAUUUAAUGAUGCAGGCUACUAUUACUGGAUGCUGUCUAUGCAGUGUUUGGACAUUGCCAGAGAAAAUGAAGAUCAGAUGGAUAUAAUGCUGAAGAAGUUUGAGCGUUUUCAGCAUCUGGCUGAGCUGUACCACGUCUAUCGCUCCAUUCAGCGUUACACGAGUCGAAAGCUGGGCGCGUAUAAACUCGCCAGGUACUCCUACGAAAAGCUCCAGGAGCUUCACGUUCCCUCGCGCUUCCUGGAGUCCAUAGAGCUGGGCAGCCUGGCCAUUCGCGCCAAACCCUUCCACGACAAUGAGGACCUCAUUGAGGGCAUGAUGUGCUACCGCUGCUCCACCAACAACCCCCUCCUGAACAACCAGGGCAGUGUGUGCAUCAACUGCAGGCAGCCUUUCAUCUACUCGGCGUCAUCGUACGAGGUGCUGCCUUUGGUGCAAUUCUACCUCGAGGAGGGUAUCGGCGAUGAAGAGGCUCUUUCUCUUAUUGACCUGGAAGUUCCUCACACAGAUCAGAGGGAGGCGCAGGGGCAGGAUGUGGACAGUGGCAAGCUGCAGUCUUUUAGGAUAGAUGAUGGCUUGGAUGAUGCUGAGGAGGAUCCAUUUACAGCCAAAAUGAGCUUUGAGCAAGGGGGCUCCACCUUUGUCCCUGUCAAGGUGAGUCGCUCGGUGCUGUGCUCCAUGAGCAGAAGGGAUGUCCUGAUCAAACGCUGGCCCAGGCCACUCAAAUGGGAAUACUUCCGCUCCCUGCUGCCCGAUGUGAGCAUCACCAUGUGCCCCACCUGCUUCAAGGGGGUUCCAGAGAGCAUCUCCUUCCCACAUCCCUCCAUCAAUCUUGCUCCCUCGUUUCCAGCUCAGCAGCACCACCAAGCUCACAGUGCAGCCUUUUUCAUCGAGUUCUCGGAGGAAGAAAAGACAUCAACAGCUGCAGCCAUGAAUGGCACGGAAGGACCCAAUUUUUAUGUCCCCAUGUCUAACAGAACCGGGCUGGUUCGCAGCCCGUUUGAAUACCCUCAGUAUUACCUGGCCGAGCCCUGGAAGUUCUCUCUACUGGCUGCAUACAUGCUGUUCCUCAUCAUCACUGCCUUCCCUAUUAACUUCCUCACCCUCUAUGUAACUGUCAAGCACAAAAAGCUGAGAAACCCUCUGAACUAUGUGCUGCUCAACCUAGCGGUGGCUGACCUCUUUAUGAUCAUUGGAGGCUUCACAGUCACUCUCUACACAGCCCUGCAUGGAUAUUUCAUCUUAGGUAUCAGUGGCUGCAAUGUUGAAGGAUUCUUCGCCACCUUGGGAGGAGAGAUUGCCCUCUGGUCUCUGGUGGUUUUGGCAGUUGAGCGCUACGUUGUGGUCUGUAAGCCAAUGACCAACUUCCGUUUUGGGGAAAAACAUGCCAUUGCUGGCCUUGGGUUCUCCUGGGUCAUGGCCAUGACCUGUGCUACACCCCCACUGUAUAUCCCGGAGGGAAUGCAGUGUUCCUGUGGGAUAGACUACUACACUCCCAAGCCUGAGAUCAACAACACCUCAUUUGUCAUCUAUAUGUUUGUCCUCCACUUCUGCAUCCCCCUCUUCAUCAUUUUCUUCUGCUACGGCCGCCUGCUCUGCACCGUGCGAGCGGCUGCCGCCCAGCAGCAGGAGUCUGAAACCACUCAGAGAGCAGAGAAGGAGGUGACGCGCAUGGUUAUUGUCAUGGUGGUGUCCUUCCUGGUGUGCUGGGUGCCCUAUGCCACUGUGGCCUGGUACAUCUUUGCCAAUCAAGGAGUUGAAUUCGGGCCAGUUUUCAUGACAGCUCCGGCCUUCUUUGCAAAGAGUUCUGCUCUGUACAACCCAGUCAUCUACAUCCUCCUAAACAGACAGUUCAGAAACUGCAUGAUCACUACUGUGUGCUGUGGAAAAAACCCAUUUGGAGACGAUGAGGCCGCUGCUGCUGUCUCCAAAACCCAGACUUCAUCCAUCUCCUCCAGCCAGGUGGCCCCCGCUUGACCCCUCGCUCCCCUUCUAUCUGCUCCAUCUGUCCCCAGUCACCCAGGGACCCAUCACCACCAGGCAGCAAUACGUUCUAUUGGCCAAUCCUCUCGACUUACCUCUCCAAUUGUCCUCACCAUAGUUGGCAGUGCUGCAACUUCGGUGGGACCGUCUUAAUCAAGAGCCAGCAUGUGUAUUUUCAGCCCAUUUAAUCAUGGAAAGCGUUCAGCUGGUCUCACGGAUUUUUAACCCGGCAUCAAAGGGUUGCCAUCUUGGCAAUAGUCCAGCUGAACACCUUCCAAGCUCCCCAGUACCCAAAAGACACGAACCCUUCCAGUCAUUGCCUAAUUUCAUCCACAUCAACUCUUGUUUAAGUAACUGUUGCAGCUACAUGACCCCAAACCAGGCGCUCUCAUUCAUAUGUUCUGUCAAUAUUUAGGUUUACUUAGACACUCAUUUCUUCACAUAUCUCAGCUGAGUUUUUCUGUUUGUCAGAUGACUCUGUCUUAUAGUCUGUGAGGUGACAAAGCUGAGACAGUUAGCUAACCCUUUGUCAAGGAUUUGAGAGUAAACAGACUGAAAAGAGCCUUUGUUGGAGGGAAUGCAUCCUUCAAGGGGCUGGAUGACUGAGUCUGUGUGUUUGGCAGAUGAGUAUGCAUCUGAGUGGGUACCAGAGUGUCAGUGUUUGUAUUAAAGAAAUAUGAGAACAGUACUUUGUUUGCUGUGUAAAGGCUAAGUUUUGUGCAGUUGUUUUGUGCUCCGCAGUAAAAGCAAUCUGAAUGUCUGC